AUGGCCAACAUGACACCGGGCUAUCCUGGCCCGGCCAGCAAUCAUCGAGGGGCGCCCAUCUUCGGCCAGUCCGGUCGAAUGCCCCCCUCCAACAAGAGACCUUUCGGAACUGCUUCCGACUCUCUCGGCCACUCCAGCCCCGGCCGAAGCAAGUCUCAACGCACUCUUGACGUUUCGAAUGAUGUUAUUGACCUUACUGGGGAUGAUGAUGAUAUCACCACAUCGGUCUCACGCUCGAGGCAGAGAGAGGCGAUGGCACGAGGCAAUAGAACUGCUUCUAUGGUGCGUCAACCCAUACCCUACGGCUCUGGACCUACCUCGAUGGCCUCUCAACCGGCCGCCAAUGGCUCUCUUGGUUCUGGGCUAUCCAGUGGUCCACCCCACUGGAGCUUCGGCGGCCUUCGAAGCCAAUCAAACUCUCCAAUGUCGAGUAUGGCUUCGACUCCCGGCGCUGACUUCAUCCCGCGGAUGCCCGGAUCUUUCAUCGAUGAUGACAACACCUUCACCUCGUUCACACCCGCCACCCAGGUGUAUGGCUCCAACAUGUACUCCAAUGCGUACUAUCCCAACAACCGAUCCUCUCUCAGCACCGCCGAUGUGAUCAGAAGGACCAACAACUUCAACUUCAUGGACCUUACGGAUGGGUUUGGAAAUCCCCUGGAUGCUCGCGUUGCCUCAAUCAUGCAGGAUAUCAACGAUGAUCCUCGUAAGUCGAAGGAAGAGGUCGAGGCACUCCUGCGCAAUGUACACGCUGGCAUGGAAAUUCCAGAGGAAGACCGCGAAGGAACGCCCGAUGAAAUGAAGUAUCCCCUCUAUGCUCAUCAGAGGGUGGCCUUGACCUGGAUGAAGCGUCAGGAACAAGGCACUAACAAGGGCGGCAUCCUGGCCGACGAUAUGGGGCUGGGAAAGACAAUCUCAGUCUUGUCCCUGAUUGUAUCAAACAAGUCUACCACACCUGGACGCAAGACGACAUUGAUUGUGGCGCCUCUCUCCCUGAUUCGACAGUGGGAGGAUGAAAUUAAGAAGAAGAUCAAGGCAGAGCACAGAUUGUCGGUCUUCGUUUACCACAACACGAAGAUCAAGGCUCAAGAGCUGAUGAAGUACGACGUCGUCCUGACAACGUACGGAACACUCGUUUCUGACCGAAAGAAGCUGGCGGCCUACAAGAAGAACUUGGGUGCGCGCCCCAUGGCCUCCAAGACUGACCCGAUCCUAGCCAGCUCGGUCUCUCUCUUCCACCCCGACUACUCACUGUUCUACCGCGUCGUCCUCGACGAGAGCCAGCAAAUCAAGAACCACAAAGCACAGGCGGCUUUGUCAGCCGCCGAUCUGAUGAGUCAGUAUCGUUGGUGCCUUUCUGGAACCCCGAUGAUGAACGGUGUCGAUGAGCUGUAUUCGCUUUACAGAUUUCUGAAGAUCAAGCCCUACAGCGAGUGGACCAAUUUCCGCAGCGCUUUCGGCGUGCUCUUUGGUAAGAGGGGAGACCCGCAGGCUCAGGCAAUGAGAAAUUUGCAGGUCCUUCUCAAGGCAACGUUAUUGCGUCGCACCAAAACAUCGCAGAUUGACGGUAAGCCCAUCUUGCAGCUCCCCGAGAAGACAGAAGAGGUGGUGUAUGCAGAACUGGACGAAGACGAGCGCAAGUUCUACACGGAUCUGGAGACCAAGUCUCAGGUUCAGAUCAACAAGUACCUCCGAAAGGGCACUCUCGGCAAGCAUUACUCCCACGUCUUGGUGUUGCUGCUCCGCCUGCGCCAGACUUGCUGUCAUCCGCACUUGUUACUGGAGGCGGAUGAGGCUGUCACCGAAGUGGACGACAAUAUGCUCGACCGCGUCAAGUCCUUGUCUUUGACUGUCGUCCAGCGGCUCACCGAGAAAUCCCGCGCGCUCGAGAAUGCCGACGCUAUGAACCAAGGUUUCGAAUGCCCCAUCUGUUACGACAUGAUGCCCGAUCCAACCAUUCCACUUCCUUGUGGCCAUGAACUGUGCGCCGGGUGUCUAAAGCAACACGUCGACAAUGCCAGGCGCGAAAACAUUAGAAAUGGUGAAGACGAAGGCCAGGUCAAGUGUGCCGUCUGCAGGGGUCCAUUGAACCCGGCCAACAUCAUCACCUAUGCCGCCUUCAAGAAGGUUCACAUGCCGGAAGAGGCCAGCGGAAGCUCCGAGGACGAAGAGUCCGACGGAUCCGUGUGGAGCAGUGAUGGCGAGGAGGGUGAGGAAGAUGAUGACGAUGCCGAUAAGAAUGGCAAUCUCAAGGGUUUCGUCGUCCCAGACGCCUACGCCUCCAUUAGUGAUGACGAGGGCGAAUCGUCCGCUCUAGAGACAAAGCCCAUGACACCCAAGCAGAAGCAAAAGAAGAAGGGGAAGAUGAAGGCGGCCGUCUCUCCAAGUAAAGAGUCCAAGAAGAGGCUGAAGAAAAUCAAGGGAUCCAUGUUGCAGUCCCUUCGAAAAGACGCCAAGAAGAACGCCGCGGCCUGGAGAGACUACACCAAGUACCUCAGCCACCAUUGGCUCGCCUCGUCAAAGACACGAGCCUGUAUGGAUCUUCUACGCAAGAUCCAGGAAACUGGCGAGAAGACCAUCAUUUUCUCCCAGUGGACCAUGCUUUUGGAUCUUUUGCAGGUCGCAAUCAAGAAGGAGGGUCUCGGUAUCAAGCACUGUCGGUACACUGGAGAAAUGUCCAUGGCGCAGCGGGAUGACACUGCCUUCACCUUCUCAACAGACGCGGACAUGAAGGUCAUGAUGGUGUCUCUGCGUGCCGGAAACGCUGGUCUCAACCUCGUCUCGGCCUCGCGUGUCAUCAUCAUGGAUCCUUUCUGGAACCCAUACAUCGAGAUGCAGGCCGUGGAUCGAGCCCACCGCAUCGGCCAGCAGAAGCCGGUGAAGGUGCACCGCAUCCUGACCCAAGAGACGGUGGAGGACCGCAUUGUCCAGCUUCAGGAGAAGAAGAGGGCAACGGUCGAUGCUGCUUUGGACGAGCGCGAGGGCGCAAAACUGGCUGGUCUUAGCUUGACAGAGCUCCGGUACUUGUUCAACCUCUGA